AUGCCGACUUUAGCACUUUAUUUUGGGUAUUAUUGCAGUAGGAUAUCUUCCGAAACUGUUGUUUCGCCGCAAGGAGUUCCAAUUAAAAGUGUUUUCUGUUCAAAUAUUUACAAAGAAGAUAUGACGGUAAACAAAUUUCUUAAAAAAUUAUUUGACGAUUCUUUGGUGCCAUUCAAUCGAAUUCAACUAAACAAUGAAGAAUUUGUUCUCCUUCGCGCUAUAAUUUUUUCUCAGUUUGCCUUGGGUGAUUUAAGUCGACAUGGCCAACAAUUAUUACUGAAUGAGGCAGAGAAGUAUUCUGAUAUAUUGAUGAAAUUGUUACAGAAUCACUAUGGACCAUUGGCAGGAGCUAAAAGAUAUGCAGAAUUGCUUCAUUUAAUUGAAUUUUGCUUCAACUGUGGAAACGAUCAUUGCCUUUUUCUAAAUUAUACUGCCUAUGUAACCGAUAGGGGUUAUUUCCACAAAUCAAUGCCUGAAGCACUUCUUAAUCUGUGUCUUGGUUGCAAAACUUGAAAUUCUAUUUAGAUCAUAAAGGGAUAAAGAAACUUCUCCCACAAAAAACGGAAAUAUACAAGAUUCUAAACUAUUCUAAUUGCUAUACACAAUUCUAAUUUCUUUUGUUUCUCAAGGCGUAGGGCUUCGAGUCUUUUUUACUUAUUUUAUUUUUUUUCACAUUAAUUAUUAUUUUCUUAAUAUUUCCUCUAAAGUUG